AUGACAUUUCAACAUAUUCUUGUCAGUCUCGCAGCAUUGCUUGCAUUCUCGCCUACAACGCAGGGUUACACAACUCCUUGUAUUUAUCAGGAGUACAAGUGUGGCUAUGCAUUAGUUACUGAUAAUGUGUAUAACAACACCGAAUUAACCGACGCAGUGAAUAAAACUACAAUUAUUCCUCCGUUGUCUCCUAUCCAGCUGCUUCAGGUCCUCUAUCGUUGCGAGGACGUCAAUGGUACUCUUGCAGGAAACUCUUUCUGUAUUGCGGGUUGUAUCUCUAUGAAUGGAACUGAGGAUGAUCAAUGUGCCUUGUAG